CUGAUCUGAUCGUCAGUACAGUGGCAAAGAUGCAUCCAGACGGUAGCAUCGCGAUAAAUCGGCUCCAAAGCUAGGUUUUCCCUUCAUACAGCAAGUGUUUGGUCAACGACGGGUUCGUGUUGAUGGUGUGAAUACUGCCCGCCCAGCAGCAACCGUAAUAUUUUCGGCGUCAUUAAAUCGGAGUGAACAGUGACAAAAAACCGAAAGAAAACAGAAAGUAGUCUAAAUCGGAUCGAGUUUAUCGGGCGAGAGCGUCGUCCGAAAAGCAAAGGAAACCAAUCUCCUCGGUUCCUCCCCAUAUUUGGUAAUUAACGUCUCGCCAGAAUAUGGCACAGAAACGACCGCGAAUCUCUGUGGGUGUGAUGGCAGUUUGUUGCGGUGUGCUGUCCUUAUCCGUAGUGGCGCGUGAAUCGGCAUCCCACAAUGAACCCGGAGCAAGCUCGCGAAAGUAUGUCGCAGUGCAUCAUCAUCCGGUGCAUCCGGGGACAUUUGCGUCUCCGGUGGAUGCACCGGACAGGCUCGGUAUGGCGGCAGUGACAACACCACUCACACCCGAUCCGAAAGCGACGAUCGAAAGUGAACGACACCGAAAAACGAGAGAAACAAAUAAAUUCCCCCGACCAGCUUCGACCAGUGACGAGUCCUUAGGCGCCUCCCCAACGGCCAACCAAAUAAGACGCCGUCGCAUGGAACCCAACAUUCGAGGGCUUCCUUCGCCGCUCGUCUUCAUGCCAGCCCGUGGCCGCCGAUUUGGUGGGUUUGAAAUUCCGGCAGAAAAACGACAGCUCACCAUCGAACAGAUGCUCGAGAAGGGCGACUACUUCGUUCCGAACCGGGGCAAAAAGUCGCCUACGACGGGCGAACUGAUCAAGAAGGGCAAGUUUGACGUGCUGCUUGGAGGAUCUCCCGACGAGUACUUCUUUCCGAACCGGGGCAAAAAGCAGUACUGGCUAACGUACGACUCUGGCGGCAAUGUGAGACCGAUGGUUGCCCGUGGCGCCGGGACCGUACCGAGCAGUGCAGCACAACAACCCAUUGCGAGCCGAUUGCGUCGAAAUUUGCUGGAAAAUCUUGCCAACGAGCACAAGGAUACGUUCUUUUCAUCACGCGGCAAAAGGCUUCUUCCGCUGGGAGAGGAAUUGAUGCUAGUUCCCACCAGCGCUCUAGACGACGAGCUGGCGGGUGAAAGUGCACAGGACGCAGGAGGUAUGUCGGACGACAGGACGCAACAGUUUUCCGGCCAGCCAAACGAUCUCGAUGCAUUGCUUUGGAACGAGGACAUGCUACUGGCGCUAGAUCAACCCAUAAGCUAAGAACAGCCAUGGACAGUGACCCCAACAUAUCGGAAUUCACCUAUCCCGAGCCUGCUAGUAGUGGACGAGGACGAGAAUCCAAAAUAGACAUGUUUGAAAGAACUUCCAUUCAUGUUUAUGACAUACGUUUUAUGUGUUUUCCAUGAAUUUCUCAAUACGAUAUUCAAAAUGCAGCGUGCUACUAAUUUUAUACUACUGCACUUACGAGCGAUACUUUGCUCACUAAAACACGGGCGACAGGUAGAAAAUGCAAAGUAUUCCCAAUAAAACAAAACCAAAUAAAAAGUAAAAAACAGACACACACGCACAGACAAACUAAGGAUAAUUUGUACAAAAAAAAAAAAAGAAAUUAACAAAGCCAAAUGCUUUGCACAAAAGCAAGAGGAGCAAAGAACAAGAAAGCGAGCGAAUAACAACACAGAACCAUAAAUCACGGACGUUGUACUACCAUUAAGCAAAAGAGUAAUGUUUCCUUUUCUGAAAUAAAUGCAAAUGAUGCGAAUAGCAAUAUAUCCACA